AUGUCUGCAACUGCUGGCGGAAGCUCUCAAGAUACGAUAGCCACCAGCAGUCAAAAACCCGACAAAAAGCAUAAACGGUCAAAGUCUGACCACAAGAAGAAGCGGGCGCGGGAGGAAGAAGAUGCUACGGUAGUGGAAGAAAUCCCGAGGAAGUCGAAGAAGAGCAGGAGCGCAGAUGCAGAAGACCGACUAGCCCAGCCCGAACACAUCGAGGCCUCUGCCGACGAGGCCGUCAAGAAGAAGAAGAAGAAGCAAAGAGCUCCUGAAGAGGUCGAGAAUGGGCAAGAUGGGAUAAUAGCAGCCGACGAGCCGAAGAAGGAGCGCAAGAAGUCAAAGAAGCGCGCAAAGGAUGUCGAACAGGCAGGAGCAGAACCUAUGGAUGUCGACCUGCCCGAAACGGCUCCGCCGGAGGAGGCUGGCGGGGCAGAAAGGAAACGCAAGGAUAAGAAGAAGUCUAAAAAACAAGAGCUGGACAGGGACGACGAGAUGAGGGAUGAGCUGCCUGAAGCGGAUGCCGGACCUCAAGAAAAAAAGAAGCGGAAGAACAAAACCACACAAGAGAUGCAGUCCACCCAAGAGUCGGUCGCUGAGGUGUCAUCGGACUCUGAGUUCCCCUUUUUCACCCAGACCAUUUCGCUUUACGUCCCGUUCUUCCCCAUCGGUUUCGACAAGCCUCUAACAAACGUCGCCGCGCAACAUCUCGACCCGCUCUUGAACCAUUACUCUCCUCUACUCCGCGGCGUCCUCCUCAGUUACUCGAAUCUCAACCUUUCCGACAGGCCAGCCAAAGCCAGCAUCACACACCCGCCAACAGACGAAACGCCCGCCCUGCUGCACUCGAUUGACGAGUAUGCUGUCGGCUUCGGCUGGUUAACAUUUGACGCCCAACUGUUCGUCCCUUCCCGAGGCAAAUGGAUGGAAGGCGUUGUACAACUCCAGAGCGAGGGCCACAUUGGUGUAGUGUGCUGGGGCAAGUUCAACGCCAGCAUCGAGGCGAAGCGUUUGCCCGAAAGCUGGAAAUGGAUCGACUUAGCCAAGGGUGGCGCACGGCCGAACGCCUUUGCGGCAUCUGAGGAGAAUGAGGGCGAGCAGGGGGGCCAAGAAGCCGAGGAUGUUCUCGACGGCGAGGAGCUACAAGUCGUGGAGCAGAUCCACACCACGGGUUACUGGGUCAACGGGGAGGGCAAGAAAUUGAGCGGAAAAUUGCGGUUCCGCAUCAAAAACUUUGACGUCGGCCUGGCUGGCGACUACGGUUACCUCAGCAUUGAGGGCACUUGCCUCGACGACGAUGCCGAGCGGGCUCUUGCGGCUAAGGAACGUGACAUGGAAAAGGCGCGGCGCGCGAAGCAGAACCCCGGCGGCCUCUUGCGACCUUUGUCAAGACGGGUGCCCGAGUUCAGCAUGACCAAGUUUGGGCGGGAGGAUCAGGAAGAGGACGACGGGCAACGGGCUGUCCUGUACAAGGGUAGCCGCCCCGGCACGCCCGAUGACUAG